GAUCAUUUCAAUCCACUUGUAGGUGUAAAGUAUUUGGAGGAAUACAGUGAAGCCAUGGUUCGUCUGUCAGUGGGGUUGUUGGUGUUGUUUUCUCUCCAGAGCUCAGCUCUCACCUCCCUGAAUGGCUCGGGGCCCUUCCUGCGCACUUUCUCUGGUCACUAUGUAACAGUCAGUGAGGAGCCCGUGGACUACAUUGACCUGUCUGUGUUGGACUGGAGGGAUGACGGGGGGUCGGGCUCAGGGUCGGAGCAGGAGCCGGUGAAAAGACACGGCCCGCACCCCCGACCCCAUCCCCACAAGCUCUUUGUAGUCUCAGCUGAAGCCAAGGGUUUCCUCCAGGGCUGCCUGUCCACCAGCUUUGUCCCAACCAUUUACACCCUCGUCUUCAUCAUCAGCGUGCCCCUCAACCUUGUUGCCGUGGUGAUGUUUUUGCAUCACGUCCGUCCCAGGAAACCGGCGGUGAUCUAUAUGCUGAACCUGGCCUGUGCUGACCUGCUGUUCGGCCUGCUCCUCCCCUUUAAGAUCGCCUACCACUACCACGGCAAUAACUGGAUCUACGGCUCCUUCAUGUGCAGAGUGGUCACAGCAGCUUUCUACUGCAACAUGUACUGCUCCGUCCUGCUCAUGACGUGCAUCAGCAUCGACCGCUUCCUGGCUGUGGUUUACCCCAUGAACUCGCUGACGUGGCGCAGCCCUCAGACGGCCACAGCUGUGUGUGCUGCCAUGUGGCUGCUGGCCCUCGGAGGAGUCUCCCCUCUCCUCAUCUCUGGACAGACCAUGUAUCUGUCAGAGCUGCACAUCACCACCUGCCACGAUGUGCAGGAUGUGGGAAAACUACAAGCGUACUAUCUUUACUUCUUCCCCAUCUACUCCUCCAUCUUCUUCUUCAUCCCUCUUUUCUUCACUGUGGUCUGUUACGUACGUAUCAUCCAGGCUCUGGCUGCAGCCAACGUGGAGAACCGCUCCAGGAAGACUCGAGCCGUGGUGAUGGCUGUGAUCGUGCUGGUGGUGUUCGUGGUGUGCUUCACCCCGGCCAACAUCAUCCUGAUGGUUCACUAUGUUCAGCUGUCACACAAGUCCAGUGACAGCUCCUACCAGGCGUACCUGCUCUCCAUGUGUGCGGGCAGCCUCAGCUGCUGUCUGGAUCCAGUUCUGUAUUACUUUGCCUCCUCUCAGUGCCAGAAACAGGUGGCAGCACUGCUCAGAUGUAGGCGGCUGGCACCAGCAGGGAGUAGAUCAGAAACACAGAGUACAAGAACCAGCGGGCGGAGAGACAGCAGCAGGUCAUGCAAGAUGGAGAGCGAUCAAACUGGCCAGGGGAGCCACUACAGCAGGCUGGUGGCUUAACUACAUGGACAUGUGGACCCUGCCUCUGAGACACUUUUCAAACUUGCACACACAAUAUAAUACAUCAUAGUCAAUGGGCCUCGUGCAGCAACAUUCUCUUCAAUUUCAGUUCGAUUUUCUCUUAAUUUUCUCUCACCGAGAUGUGUUGAAUGAUGAAUCCCCCCAGUCAUUAUUGUUUAUUUGCAUUAAUAACACCUCCUAUACAAUAUAUUAAGGCAGAUUUUGUGUUGUAUGUGCAAAUAUUUUGCUACAUGCCCAAGAAUUGGAAAGAUGCCACCAAAAAAAUGCUUUAAGAGGAAGAAUUUCAGCAGUAGUGAAAUCGACUUACUAUUGAAUUAACCUAAAGUAGUGUGAUUUUCCAGAGAAUAAUUAAAGGCAGAGGGCAAAGAAGUACUCAGAUACUAACCUACAAUUUAGAAAUGCUGUUACAAGUCAAAGAACUGCAUUCAAAAAUGUAUUUAAGUGAAAGUAUUACCAUACAAAUUCACUUAAUGUACAAAAAGUAAAAGUACUCAUUGUGCAGAAUGACAAUUUUAAUGAUAAUAAUAUCACUCAUUACUAGCAUCACUAAUGUUGCAGCUGUUUAAGA